AUGCUGCUUCUCUCCCUGAUGCCUUCAGGCAUGUGCCUGAUGUUCUUAGGUAUCAGCGCCGCCUGUCACAUAAAAUCGCUCGACAGGAGAUUGGGAUCCUCCUCAGCUACGGAUAGAUAUAGCUGGGACAGCUACGAUACCUCUACUAAUUAUUACACGGAGUUCCCUGAUACCGGGGUGACUGUGGAAGUAUAUCUAGAGCUGGUAAAUACCACUGUCCAUGCAGAUGGCUACCAAAGAAAUGCUCUGCUCGUGAAUGGCACGCUUCCAGGCCCCACGAUUAUUGCCAAUUGGGGAGAUACUGUUGUUGUACACCUUCAUAACGGUCUCACGAACAAUGGAACCGCUCUUCAUUUCCAUGGCAUUCGACAAUAUUACUCAAAUGAGAUGGAUGGAGUUCCUUCCGUCACCCAAUGUCCAGUUGCCCCUGGCGAAUCUAUAACUUACAAAUGGAGAGCUACUCAAUACGGGUCGGCCUGGUACCACUCUCAUUUCGAACUUCAAGCUUGGGAAGGUGUUUUCGGCGGGAUCAUAAUUCAUGGGCCAGCUACCGCUAACUACGACAACGAUGCUGGAAUCAUGUUUCUCAGCGACUGGACACAUCAAACUGCAGACGCCAUGUCCAGCAUAGAGGAGACCAGCGGGCCGCCAUCCCUAGACAACGGCCUUAUAAACGGCACGAAUACGUAUCACGGCAAAGGCUCUCGAUUUGAGAUGACAGUUACGAAGGGGGAAUCUUACAGAAUAAGACUCGUUAACUCCGCCAUCGACACCCACUUCAAAUUCAUGAUUGAUAACCACACUAUGACGGUCAUUGCAAUGGACCUAGUACCUAUAGUCCCUUAUACAACUACCGUGCUGAGUGUCGGAAUGGGACAACGCUACGAUAUCAUAGUUGACAUGACGGAAGCCGCAAGAAGCUACUGGAUCCGGGCGAUUCCACAGACGUUCUGUAGUGAUAAUAACAAUGCAGAUAACAUUAAGGGCAUUCUACGCUACGACUCGGCCUGGCAUUCUCAUCCGACCACCUCCGCCCAUUCCUACAUAGAUGACUGCGAUGACGAAAAGUCCUCCAAUCUCGUACCGUACCUCCCCCUGAACGUCGGCUCCGAGUCAGUAAAGGACGAUUUCGACGUUACCGCAGGGCAAGUCAACAAAAUAUUCAAAUGGUUCAUAUCAGGGACAACCUUCUUCGGCGAAUGGGCCAACCCAACACUCCUACAAAUAUACCGCAAUGAUACGAACUUUACCGCAUCCUCCCACGUAAUAGAGCUAAACCAAGAUGAUGAGUGGGUAUACUUUAUAAUCCAAACCACGCUCGCCAUCCCCCACCCAAUCCACCUCCACGGCCACGACUUCUACAUCCUUGCUCAUGGCACAGGGGUUUACAGUAGCUAUUCUGUGCCUCUGUCUUUGACGAACCCGCCGAGGAGAGACGUAGCUAUGCUUCCCGCAUCGGGGUAUCUGGUCAUCGCGAUCAAGACGGAUAACCCCGGAGCUUGGCUUAUGCAUUGCCAUAUCGGAUGGCAUCUUAAGGAGGGGUUUGCGUUGCAGUUGGUGGAGAGACGUGAUGAGAUCCUGCCGUUGAUUGAUUAUGAAACCCUGAAUCAGACAUGCACAGCUUGGGAUGCUUAUACUAGGAGCCAUGUUGUUGUUGAGGAUGGGUCUGGUGUCUGA